UUAUUUUUUUGUGUUGUUGGUAAAGCGUAUCGCACUUUAGCGUUCCCUGGCGUGUUACUUGUAGUAUUUGUAGCUCAAACAGAGGCCACCGUUAGCUGGUCGAUGUAGCUGCUAAAUAGCCUGGGUAGGAUUGCCUGCUUUAGAGCUGCUUUUAUUCUUGGUAACUGAGCCUGUUGCUUUUGGAGCCUGUGCAAUAACACAUUUAGGAUAUGGCCUCUUCAGCGUCGCUCAGAGUGGGAAAGGCCACGAAACUCCAAAGGCCAGAAGUGAUGUCAAACGGUGAUGGUCCGAAGCGGGUUCCCGUGUCUCACCAGUCUCAGGUCGUUCCGAAGGCUGUGGUCACGCCGACUCAGCAGCAGCGGGUUCUGGGCGCGUUGAACGGCCCGCAGCGUAUCCAGCGGCCCGUUAGUCAGCAGAAACCCGUAGCUCACCUCUCUGUAGUUGCCAAGCAGACUCCUGCUGGUGACCAGAAUGUAAACCCAGCUACUGUGAAAAUAACCGCUGCACCACAGCAUAACCAGCCAAAGAUGCACAUGCCCGGUGGAAACCCGGAUUCGGCUAAGCCUCCGUCGGAACCGGCAAAGCAGGAGAAGCUGCAAAACAAUCCUGCCAAGAACAACCAGGCCUCAUCCUCUAAGACACCAUGGAGCUUGGAAAAUUUUGACAUUGGCCGUCCUUUGGGAAAGGGCAAGUUUGGCAAUGUCUACCUGGCAAGAGAGCGGCAAACCAAGUUCAUCUUGGCCCUGAAGGUGCUCUUUAAGAAGCAGCUGGAGAAGGCGGGGGUGGAGCACCAGCUGAGGAGAGAAGUAGAGAUCCAGUCUCAUCUAAGACACCCUAACAUCCUGCGCCUCUACGGCUAUUUCCACGAUGCUUCUCGUGUGUAUCUGAUCCUGGAGUACGCUCCCAGAGGAGAGCUGUACAGCGAGUUGCAGCGCUGCGGCAGAUUUCCUGAGGACAGAAGUGCUACGUACAUCAUGGAGCUGGCAGAUGCUCUCCAUUACUGUCAUACUAAGAAUGUGAUCCACAGAGACAUCAAGCCAGAGAACCUGUUGCUGGGUGGUAACGGGGAGCUGAAGAUUGCUGAUUUUGGUUGGUCUGUUCACACGCCUUCUUCCAGGAGGUCCACUCUGUGUGGAACGCUGGACUACCUUCCUCCAGAGAUGAUCGAGGGCAAAACUCACGACGAGAAGGUGGACCUGUGGAGUCUGGGUGUCCUCUGCUACGAGUUUCUUAUUGGAAAACCUCCAUUUGAAGCAAAGACUCACGACGAAACCUAUCGCAGGAUUUCUAGGGUGGAGUACAGUUACCCUCCAGAGGUUGACAUCAGUGCUGGAGCUAAAGACUUGGUGGCCAAGCUGCUGAAGCACAACCCCAUGCACAGACUGCCCAUUCAGGGAGUCCUAUCCCACCCCUGGGUGCUUGAAAAAUCAUCCAAGAAGCAAACAACGCUGAGCAGGGAAGAGUCCAGACAGUGAUGCACCCCCAACAGCUGGCUAGGUCCACUCAGAACCUCAACAUGCAGCUGAUCUUUCACAAUCUGCCACUACUGCCUUGACGUUGAAACAGUUUUCACAUCAAGUAAUCCCCCACCACCCGUUUUCCUGUCUGCAGAGCCUUUACCCUUCCCCAGAUGUGCUUUGAUCUUUUUGCAGGAGACCUCAGAAUGUCAUCAAGCCUCACGGUUUCAACUUUCUACAGUGAUAAGUUGUAAAGAGACAUAUCACAAUUCAGAGAAGACUGUAAGUGCUUAGAUUAAUCUGUGACAGUGGAACACUUUCUGUGAAAGCGGCGUUAAAAUAUUGAUGUGCGAAGGUUGGAGUAAAUGAGUAUGUCAAGGUUUGACGGUAGGAAAACUUCUUGACACUUUCCUGUGGGACCGCAGCAAUACUGUGCCGGAUUCUAAGCUGUGUUAAAUAACUUGUUUUGUUUUUUAGUUGAAUGGAUCAAACGUGCCAUAUUUGUAUUUUGAAUGGUUGGGAAGACCUUUUCCAGCACAUUGUUCAGUGUAUUUAAUGUCCUUUGUCGUAAAAUGAAUACACAACACUUUAUAUAUUUUAAAACUAGUAUAGGAAUUAUUUAUUAAGGCUUUUUGUCUUAAGAGUUGUGGGAUUUUAGACUAUUAAAUAAUGUCAUAUUAAAUUUCUUUAUUUAAAAACUGUGCUAUGUG